AUUGGGAUCCACACUAAACCUAAGUAUUAUCAAGCUACUUUGAUUGCAUGAGCUACAAAUUAAUUACAUAAUCAUAACAGCUCAGAUAAUACUUUCUUCUGAAUUGAGCUUGUUAACUUUCUUACAAUACGUAGUAGGAAGGCUAAAAGGCAACGGGGAAUCUAGUGGGUGCAGUUGCAUUUCUACUGAGGAAAGUCAUGGGAACAAAUAAUGUGGUCUUGUGGAGUCUCAUUUUCAUGGUUUUGGGGCUCUUUAGCUACACACUAGUUGAAGCUAACAGAGAAGGAAGGUUUUGGAGUGGUGAGAGAUAUGGAUUAGGCCAUGUGCUACAUAGUAGGUUGAGUGAAGGGGCUGGCCAUCUAGGGCUAACUGCUAGUGGUUAUAAUGGAGGAAGUGGUGGAGGGGGUGGGAUUGGGUCGGGUUAUGGUGGCAAUGGGGGUGGAGGAGUUGGUGGUGGUGGUGGUGGUUUUGGUUCUGGAAGUGGUGGUGGCAGCGGAGGCUUUGGUGGUGGUGGGGGCUCAGGCAAUGGAGGGUUUGGUUCAGGUGGUGGUAGCGGUGGAGGGUUUGGUUCGGGUAUUGGUGGUGGAGGGUAUGGUACAGGUGAUGGUAGUGGUGGUGGGUUUGGUAGUGGAGGGGGCAAGGGUGGCUAUGGUUCAGGUGGGGGAGGUGGUGGAGGGGGUGGUGGUGGCUUCGAGCCUGGGUAUGGUCAGGGUGGUAGUGGUGGUGGAAGUGGAUUUGGCUCAAGCUCAGACUCAGGCUCAGGAUAUCAAGGAUAUGUUACUAGCACAAGUUCUGGUGGGAGCUCAUACUUGCCUCCAAAAAAGACUUAACUGAAUUUAGUAGUGUUGUUUAAAGCUAUAAUAAGGAUGAAUGAUUUCUCCAAGUUUUAAUGCUUUAAACCUCAGAACUUAAGAGGGAACCCAAAAAAAUGUAGCAAUUAUGUGUCUUUUUAGUUUACCUCCUAGGUUUGAUAUGAAACUUGAGCUAUAGUAUGUAAUAAACCAAGUAAUUGACUAUUAUUUUGCUAAAAUCAUGGAUGGAAAAUCUUAUUUUUA